AUGAGCCUAAAUAGCUCAGCGCGCGCUCCCCAGGGCGCCCACGUCGUCCCGCUACCCCCAUCAGGGCUGGAGGCGGCUCUCCUGGCCCCCGGCUUCCGCAACGGCUCAGGCAACGCAUCCGAGCCCGUCUCCACUGCGCCCAGCAGUGACCUGGACGUGAACACGGACAUCUACUCCAAGGCGCUGGUGACAGCCAUGUACCUGGCACUGUUCGUGGUGGGCACGGUGGGCAACGCGGUGACGGCGUUCACGCUAGCGCGCAAGAAGUCGCUGCAGCAGCUGCAGAGCACGGUGCACUACCACCUGGGCAGCCUGGCGCUGUCCGACCUGCUCAUCCUGCUGCUCGCCAUGCCGGUGGAGCUGUACAACUUCAUCUGGGUGCAUCACCCCUGGGCCUUCGGCGACGCCGCCUGCCGAGGCUACUACUUCCUCCGCGACGCCUGCACCUACGCCACCGCCCUCAACGUGGCCAGCCUGAGCGUGGAGCGCUACCUGGCCAUCUGCCACCCCUUCAAGGCCAAGACCCUCAUGUCUCGCAGCCGCACCAAGAAGUUCAUCGGUGCCAUUUGGCUCGCCGCCGGCCUGCUGGCGGUGCCCAUGCUGUUCACCAUGGGCCAGCAGAACCGCAGCGCCGACGGCCAGCAUCCCGGCGGCCUGGUGUGCACACCCGUUGUGGGCACUGCCACCAUCAAGAUCGUCAUCCAGAUCAAUACCUUCAUGUCGUUCGUGUUUCCCAUGGUGGUCAUCUCCAUCCUGAACACCAUCAUCGCCAACAAGCUGACCGUCAUGGUCCGCCAGGCGGCCGAGCAGGGCCAGGUGUGCACCGUUGGGGACCAGCACAGCUCGUUCAGUAUGUCCAUCGAGCCUGGCAGGGUCCAGGCCCUGCGUCACGGAGUCCGGGUUUUACGCGCUGUGGUGAUUGCCUUCGUGGUGUGCUGGCUGCCCUACCACGUGCGGCGCCUCAUGUUCUGCUACAUUUCAGACGAGCAAUGGACCCCGUUCCUCUACGACUUCUACCACUACUUCUACAUGCUGACCAACGCCCUCUUCUACGUGAGUUCCACCAUCAACCCCAUUCUGUACAACCUCGUGUCUGCCAAUUUCCGCCAGGUCUUCCUGUCCACCCUGGCCUGUCUCUGUCCCCUGUGGGGGCGCAGGAGGCACAGGCCCGCCUUGUCGAGGAAAAGCAACAGCAUGUCCAGCAACCACACCUCCAGCAAUGUCACCAAAGAGACACUGUAUUAGGGCUGGGCUGGGCAGGGGACUGCAGUGCCAGGGAGGGGGCCAG